AUGAAGCUAACAGGAGUGAGGGUCAUUUACUCACAACCCUCUCCACGGCUUGGUGCAGAUCAAGGGAUGGAUGAAGGUGGACCCGCUCGCCUCAUAGGAAUCUACGGUGGCACUUGUUUUCUCGUACAUUUGGAGACAAAUGGCUUCACUAAGCCGUCGGCGAUGAUGUCCAGUUUACCGCUACUAGUACUUUCCUUCUUAGCAUUAACAUCAAAAAUGCAAGUACAUGCAAGACUCGCCACAACAGGAGCAUUUGCAAUUCUUGCCUUAUCUCGUUAUCUGCUUGUCUCGAAUUUUUCAUGGGAAUGUGCGGUUCUUGGUUACGCACUUGCUACUGUUGGUCAUCUAUUGUAUUACUACUCGUUUAAAUCCUUGAUAGAAGAAUGGUCAAUUGCGCUGAUAAUGUUGGCCACAAUGUAUUUCACCACACUAUCAUAUCAUUGCUUUUCCGAUUUAUUCACUUCUAUUCCAUUUCUUGUGUUACUUCAUGCAUGUACAUUUGCAUCUUCGUGUUUCUUAGUGGUAGCAGCAGGAUCAAUUUGUGAAAGUAGAUUAGAACCAGAUUAUGAAGCAACACAGGCAGCUUAUAUUCGACUAGUUGGAACGUUGGCGAAUGUCUCCAGCAACACUAUAUUUUUGCUGAGCUUAUUUGCUCUAAGAGUUGAAGCGCUACAAGUUUUUUCUCGAUGGCUAUUCUAUAUUGGUGAAGGACUUAUGUUUUUCGCAAAUGAAAGAACAUUUUAA